AUGACAAUAGGAUUAUGUGGAACAUUUGUUUAUCGAAAUUCUUCAAUAUUAUCAUCAUCAUUAUCACCAUCUCCUUCUGCAAAUGCUUCAAAUAUAACGGAUGCUGAAUGGAUAAUAAAUAGUAUAACAUUAAUUAUAUUUAUUCUUGCAUUUCUUGGAAAUACAGCUGCACUUAUUGUUAUGUUUGGUAAACGAGGCUCAAUACGAUUGACAAAUAACAAAUAUUUAGCUAAUUUAGCAUGUGCAGAUUUAUUACGUGCAUGUUCAAUGCCAUUUACAAUUAUAGCAAGAAUGAAAAGAAAUUUUAUAUUUGGAAGAAUGAUAUGUAAAAUUUUACCCAUUGUUCAAGGUUUAGUUGUAGCUGUCGAUGUUUUUACACUUGUUUGCAUAAGUAUUGAACGUUAUCUAGCAAUAUGUCGUCCAUUACUUAUAUUAAAACUUCAAUCAGUUCGAUUUGCUAAUCUUCUUACUGGUAUUAUUUUACUUUUCAUAUGGUUAUUAGGACUUUUAAUAGCUUUACCAAAUGUAUAUAUGUAUAAUUUAUGUUCGUUACCAACACCUGGUCGAUUUAAAUGUGAAAAAACUUCACCAAAAAUAUUUGAUGAACGAAUUUAUAUGGUUACUUUAGAUGCUUUUUAUUUUAUUAUUCCAAUGGUUGUUAUGAUUGUUUUAUAUACAUUAAUUAUUUGGAAAAUGUAUAGAAAUAAUACAGCAAGACGAAUGGUAAUGUUACAAAGUAAAGGUAGUAUUUCAAGUAAAACACGUUCAAAUUCAUUAUGUUCUUCGUUAAUUUCUUGUAAUAAUUGUUUUCAAUAUCGAUCAACUAAAUCAAAAACAAAACAAGAAUCAACAAUAGAAAAAUUUCAUUCUGAAUCAUUAUGGCAAAAACGGAGUAUUCGAUUAAAAUCAAUUACUAGUGGUAAUGAUGAUGAUGAGGAUCAAACACAUAAGCAACAAUCAGAUAUUUUAUUAAAUAAACAACAAACUAAUCGAAUACCUACAAUAUCGAGUCAUGCAUUACAAGAUAAUAUAACGAAAAAAGAGAGUCAACGUUUAAGUUCACAAAAUAGUAGUAAUAAAAGUUGUAAUUCAUUAUCAAGUGGUAUAUCACGUUUAGAUCGUCAUCGUCGUAAAGCACUUAAACUUUUAAUAACAUUAAUUGUCGAAUUUUUUGUUUGUUGGACACCAUUAUUUAUUUAUCAUACAAUUGGAACAUUUAAUAAAACAUUUUAUCGUUCAACACCAAAAUUUUAUGUUGAUUUAAUACUUCUAUUUUCAUUUGCAUCAGCAUCAUGUAAUCCAUUAACAUAUUAUUUUAUGUCUAAACGUUAUCGAACAGUUUUAUAUUCUUAUUUACCAUAUUGUUGUCUUAGUAAAAAUCAACGAAUGUCUACGAGGCAAAAGAGUCAACAAACACCACAUUUUAUUAGAGGAUUAAAUUCAUCUUAUCAUCAAAAUUCAAUAGAUAAAAAUCAAAUAGAACAAUUACAAAUGAAUAUUUAUCAACAUUCUUAA